AACCAGCAGGAGAGGGAGACACAACCAUAGCAAUUUAAAAGGUUGGGUACAGGUGGGGAGAGACUUGCACCUUCCCAGCUGCAUGUUUCUUGGGGUACACCUAGAGUCAGGAGAACAGAAGAGGACUUUCUACCCCGUGGCUGCUUUGGCAGGAAGAUGACAGACCCCCGGGAGCGUGCCAGCCAGGGGAAGCCCAGCCUGUCCUUUUCCAUUGAGGAGAUCUUAAAGAAACCUUCUGCCAGCACCGACGCAAGCAGUGAAACCGGGAACAGAAGUAACUAUGUUGAGAGACCUCCAGCCCUAGAAGCAGGGUCACCACUGGCCUUUGAUUCCAGCAGCAGGAGUCCUUUAGACUGUGACUUACCUUCAGCCAAAAUGCUUCUCCCUGCCACGUGUACUACACCCAUGGCCAGGGCAAAGAAAAUGCAGGCAGCUCACUGCAGGAGACCUACUGGCAGCCCAGCUUCCUUCCUGGGUGAGGACACAGCAUGUGAACACCUGGAAGGCAAAAGAAAGCAUGAGGAAGAAGAUGAUCAGCUAUGCGAUUUCCCAGUGGACCAUCCACUUCAUGUUGAGAGGAAAGGGAAACGGAGAAUCCGGACAACAUUCACAGCUGAGCAGCUCCAGGAACUGGAGAAGAUUUUCCAAGUGACUCACUACCCGGAUGUCCAUAUUCGCAAUCAGUUGGCAGCAAAGAUAAACCUCCCAGAAGCCAGAGUUCAGAUCUGGUUCCAGAACCAGCGAGCAAAGUGGAGGAAACAUGAAAAAUUUGGCAACUUUGGUGGCCUUCAGCAUCUGACAGAAGUUGACUUCAUUCCUGCUCCCAAGUCAGAUAUCACAGCUCCUAGCUUGAUGCCAAGAAAGCUCACUGCUACCAUCCCUGCCGUGGGAUACUACUCACCGCUGCAAGGGCAGCUGACAACUGCCUGGCUGCCCAACACGCUCUCCUUCAUCCCUCACCACUUGGAGCUGCUGCCCUUCCCAAAACCGUACUUCCUCUUCAAUGUCCUCCACCCUUACGGCACACCACUACCCCACAAGUUGGAAAGGAGCAGUAUCUGCGCCAGCUCCACAUAGAGGAGGAUACAGGGGAGUGGGGGACUUUAAGGGCAUGCUUUUCUCACCCAUGACUGUUUUGGGGGUGUGCAUUUCCUCCCUUCAAACAAGCCUGCCAGGACGAUGGGUGGCCUGUGGUGCAAGGUCAGCUUGCUGCAGGAGUGCCACCACAAGUCACUGCAGCCAAGUGAAGAUGGGCAAGAGCCACCAUUGACUGGGAAGGAGCUCCCCAUCUGCCUGAGGAGCAGCAUGCUCUGUAGAAACCCAGCCACUCAACUGAGAGCCUCUCCCUGGGGAGUCGGUGCACCAAGAGGCCCCGCAAAAGGACUGGGGUUUUACUCAGCCUCGAGACAAUGUGGGAUGACCCUACUGUGCUGGUAGCUUGGGGUAGGCAAAAUGCCUGCAAUGAGGUGCACAUUGUCCCCAGGUCCAGCCAAAUGGGCUUUCCUCCACGGGUUUAGGUCUCAUUCCUCAUACGUUCUGGUCCCCAUGCACU